GCUCACAACAAUUAAUAUUCAUAAAACUUUUAAGAAAAAACUAUACGCACAAUGUUGGGUAUUUUGAUUAUUUCCUGCUUAAUUGCUGGAAGUUUUUCUGAAACAUUUCACCCAGGUCCUUGUCCCAAUGUUCGUACUAAGCAACAAAUUGAUUUAAAUAAAAUGAAAGGAACAUGGUAUAGUUACCAAAGAUGUACCAAUGACUGGGACAAUUUGGAAAAAUGCGGUAAUGUUAAUUGGAGUGAACCAAAAAACGGUGUAUCAUUAGUUCGUUACACGAGUGAUUCAAAAUUGAGCAAUAAAACCUCAGCAUUGGAUGCCGAAGUGUCUAUGGCUGACGAUAAUUCACUAUCUUACAAUUUACAUUUACCAAUCAUAGGAAAAUUAGUUCAAAAGCACUGGUUUCUAGAUAUAGACUAUAACAAUUAUGCAAUUGUCAUCAGCUGUGAAAAUCGAGGAACUCAACAUUACCUAAGAGUUUGGAUAUUCACACGAAAACCGGUACCGAUUAUAAAUAUGGAAGAAAAAACUCGAAGGGCUUUUCUUAGCUGCGGUUUGUUUCCACCAGAACUGGUUAAAAUUGAUCAACAAAGUUGUUCUUACAAUUUUGAUCAGCGCCGUGUAUCUGACGGUGGGGAUCAGCAAUAUUAAUUAAUAUUAUUCUUGUAAUUCGGAUGAAAAUAAUUUUUAUUAAAUUCAUCUUAUGUAAAAUUAAUGUAUUUUUUAUAUUUCUUAUUGUGUAUGAAAUUACAAAACUAAAUAAAUAAUAUUA